AUGCUCUCGCUACUCGUCUCGCAGGCUCGUUUGGGCGAGAUCGAGCGCCUGCAAGAGGCACGAGACGCGGUACGACUGGAGCUGCUGAAGGUCAAGAAAAACGGAGGCACGGAUGUGGAAGCCCAGGAAGAGUGCAUCACCAAAUUGGAGGAGCAGCUUGCAGCUGCAAGGGCUGACUGCGAGAAGAUGUCCGAAAAGGCCGCCGAGGUUGGCAUGGGCAAGAUCUUCAGGGCUGCCAUCUUGGCCCUUCAACGGCAGGAUGAGGACUCCAUGGUCUCCUACCUGCAGGAUCAGCUCAAUCUCCUGCAGGCGACUUCUGAACAGGAUGCUGCGGAGGUAAAGCGCCUUGAGGAGGAAAGCAACGCUGCGUUGCAGAAAGCGCAGCAGGCAGCUGAGGAGGCAAAGGCGGCUGCAGAAGAUGCACUGCAGGAGAAGAUGGAGCAUGUCCAGGCCAUUGCGGCAGAGCGCGAUGCGGCACAGAGCGAAGCCCGUCGUCUCACGGAGCAGAUGGGCAGCUCAAAGGAAGAUCUCAUGGAGAAGCAGGAGGCAAUUGCCGCCAUCAUCCGAUCGGAAAUGCAGUCUUGGGAAGACAAGCUCCAAAAAGCAGACGAGUCCGAGAGGGUUUUGAAGAAGUCCUUCGAGGACAUGGGGGUGAGCAUGCAGGAUAUGAUGGCGAUGAUCACGAAAGGCGGUGGCUUUGGUGGAAAAGACGGCGGCGCUGUAUGCCAUUUCGUCAACCUGUGUGAAGAUGCACAUGACGACGGCUUAAUCUACCUCAUUCCCGAAGGCACAACUAAGAUCAAGAAGUAUGAGGACGACGAUGAGGAAGUGUGCAUCAAGUUGGAUGGCGACAGCAUACGGCCUGUGCAUGCGAUCCUGGAGUCUCUGGAAUCCAGUGGAGUUACGAUUAAAUCUGCCGCAGAAGAUGCCGUUCUUUGGGUCAACGGCAACGCUGUCGAGUACGGUGGGGCCGGGGUAACAUUGGAGCACGGUGCACGAGUCAUUUUCGGAAGUGACUUUGUAUUCAGGUUUGUGGACCCUAAGGGGAAAAAAGCGAAGAAAGUAGCUGCUGCGGCAACCUCCACUGGCUUCGACGACAAGGGCAUGCCGGUGGUAAUUGACUGGCAUUAUGCUAUGGCCGAGUUGUCCCGCAAGAAUGGGGUGGAUGCAGAAGAAGAGAUCCGGAAAGCAAGAGAGAAGUUGAAUGAUGAGAUGGCAGAGAAAGAGGCCAAACUGGCCGAGGAACAGAAGAUGCUCGAGGAGAAGAUGGAGGUGGAGCGAGCAGAGUACGAAAAGCAGAUCGAAGAGUUGAAAAAGGGAGCCAAAGCGUCUGACCCCGAGAAGCUGAAAGAGGAGCAGAUGCAGACGCAGUUGACACUUCAAAAGUUCAAAAGCAAGCUAGACAUGCAGAGAUCACGAGCUCAGUGGGUUCGUGCUGCCUUCACGGCUGGCAAGGAUUCCCGAUUUGAGUUGGACAUCCGCCUCUCACGUCAGCAAAUGGCCGAGCUUCAACCUCGGUUGGUGGAGGCAAACAGAAUCGCCGCAAAUCUGGGCGUGCAGUAUGCCUUCCACUUCAUCGAUGCCAUAGACCCCAGGGCUCGAAGACAAGACUCCAAUGUGGACGAGAAGAUGGUUGAGGAAGCCAAGCGGCUACUGCUUCAAGUCAAGGUCCAGAACUCCAAAGACCAGAAGCUCCAGCUCUGGUCGCUUCAGAAGUUCCGUGACCGCUUUGUGAAGAUGCUCGCGUAUGCGAAUAAGCAAUCUGCGCAGAACACAGCUGGCGAGGACUUGGCCAUCUUCUGGGAUGACUUCGAGCACACACUUGUGGGUACCGCAGCAAUUGGCGUGACACCUCUCUUGAAGAUGGACAUGGUCAGGGAGUUGAUCACGCUGCGUGACUUCUCGGGCAACGUCACAGGUGCUGUGGAGGUCACCAUGCAGAUGUUCAUGAGCAACAAGCCAUCAAUGACGCGGAUCAGCACAUCGGCUGGAAACCCGCUUGAGAUCUUGAAAGACAAGGAAGUCACGGGCGUUGUUACAUUUGGACGCCUGACACACGAAAAUGUUGAAGCGAGGAAUUGGUCCAGCUUCUUCGUCCGCUUUUCUUGGUUUGAUACCGAUGGCCGCAUGGACAACUACUCUCCGAAUGCGCUUGCAGAGGACUUGAAGUACACCUUUGAGUUCAAGCAGACCUGCAGCGAGAGUUUCCUCAAGUUCCUCGAAAGUGGGGUCAUGGCCAUUCAGGUUCGGGCUUACGAGAAGGGUGUUGCAGCUGGUGAGCUGGAACUUGUGAAGCAGAAGCUCAAAGCCACCGAGGACGAGCUGAAGCGAGUAAGGGAUGCCAUGGCAGAGGAACGGGCAGUCUUUGAAGAAGAGAUCGAGGUGAAAGUUGCUGCUGCUAUAGCUGAGGAGCGAGCGAAAUGUGAGGCCGAAGCGGAGGAGAAACUGGCGCAGGUGAGGGCCGUUGCAAAGGAGGAAGCGGCUCGAGAACGUGAGGAGCCAGCCAAGGCGGUGCUGCUGUCAGUGUGGAGCCUCCCGGAGUCCGAGCAGCGGCAACUGUUGCUUGAGCUCCUCGAGAAGUUCUCCCUCAAUGCAUCCUUAGAGGCUUGGUGCGAUCAAGAUCACGUGCCGGAUUUCUCUGCCCCUCGACCACGCUUGAAGUCCAACUGCGCUGGCGUUUGCCUUCGAGGGCGGGGCGCUGACUCGGUGCUUGGGUGCCCUUGGUGCCGCCGACCCCUUGCGAUUUCAGUCGAGAUACCCCAGCCUCUCCCCUGCACAGACACAGCCACCACGAGACAUGCAUAUGCAACGCUUUUGUAUGGUGCAGAAUGCCACAAGUACUUCUUGGGCGCUUUGGUCGUGGCUGAAGGUCUCCGCAAGUUUGCCGUCGAAAGUCGUGCAGGACAGAUAUUGCCUCUCUUGCUUCUGCAUACAUAUGAUGUCCCGGACGCAUACAUUGAAGCAUUGACAAGAGCCGGAUGGAAGUGCAAGGAAGUGGGUUACAUAUACAAAGGGGUGGCGAAGGCUUUGUUCAAGAAGUACUGGAACAGCCGCUUCCUGGGUGUUUUUACGAAGCUGCGUGCUCUUGAGCAGCACGAAUACGAGAAGGUUCUCUUCCUGGACUUGGACAUACUUGUCCGUGGCGACCUUGCGGAGGUUUUCAAAUUGCGAGCACCAGCUGCAAUGAAGCGAGGGGAACCUGUGAUGGAACAUGGGGAGUUCGUUCCCUAUGCCGGGGUCAUGCUGCUCAAGCCUGAUCAGGUGGUUUUCGAUGCCAUGAGCUCUGAAAUAUUUGACUAUGAACAUCCCGAGCAUUACGAGACUUACAUGCCAGAGCAGGAAUACCUUUCACGCUUCUAUGGAACGUUUGACAAGUGGACGCACAUCUCGUGUCAGUACAAUUUCGAGAUUGAUAAGAACGAGCGGAUUCCGCACGACUUUUCGGUGGCCCAUGAGAACAUCCGGAAUGGAGCUGGCCAUAAGGGUGCGGUCGUUCUGCACUACUCGGGUACCUCUAUCAAACCCUGGGAUCUCCUCUAUAGCGAGGACAAGCUACGUGUGGACUCAUGCGAGGAUGUCACACGCCUGCAUCAGCAGCUCCGAUUGGAAGGGCCUGGCGAUCGAUUGAAUGGGUACAAAGAUGGGGAUCGCUUGUGGAAUGCCAUGUUGGAAUGGCUGGAGCAAUUCGAAGCCUUGGUGAGGCGCCUGGCUUCGGAUGGUGUGGACAUUGUAGAUAUCGUAAAAGUCCAGGUUGAGAAGGCGGAGGAGGCUCAAGCACGGAAGCGAGCCGCUGAACAGGGCGAAAGUGGACAGUGGCAGAACGGAUACGGGAACUGGGCCGAUCGGUGGCAAGCUCCUGUGAAUCAUGAUGAUGCUUCUGCAGGAGAUGUCGAGGUUUCUCGGGCAGUGGCAGCUGCAGAGAAGAAACGGAAGAAAAAGAGCGUGGCCUCAAAGCAGUUGAAGCCUGCAAUAGCUGGGGGGAAGGGGGGGGGGGCGACAACCGUGGCCUGUUGCCUCACGGUCGGAGCCAAGCCAGUGGAGAGCCGUGCUUCGUCAAUUGACCUUGUGCAGGAGAGUCAGCCACCCCCACCACCAGCACCAGCAGAAGAGGCGCCUGCCCAGCAGCCGCCAGCACCGGCUCAGCCGCAACCACCUUCACAGCAGUUGCCGCACCCUCCGCCACAGCAGCUGCCGCAGCCGCCUGCACAGCGGCUGACUCCGAGUCCCAAGGAGGUCAAGUCAGAUGAGCCUUGGAUGGACGUUCGCGGCGGAUCCCUGGACGAGGUGAAGGCCGAGCUUGUCAAAGCACGCGGGCAGGUUUUCAAGAUUAUGCAAGACAAGGAGCAGCUGCAGCACAAACUGAACCGAAUGGAGGGCCGGCACGCAAACCUUCCUGGUCACAUCGACGAGGUUGACCACGGGGAGGUGAAGCACGUGGACUUGGAGCAGGCGCACCAGCACAUCCUGUACUUGGAGAUGAAGGUAAAGGCAGGGGCAGAGCUGGAAAAGAAGAACGAGGAGCUGGAAGGAAAGCUCAGAGACGUUCAGUUGCUGGCAGACCAGCGGAACCAGCAGCCGUCUGCAUCAGAUGCUCUUCGUCCAGACCUUGGGCAAAGUUUCGCUUGGCCCUUCCUGCAGCUCCUCACCCGAAGGACGCCCAUGCUGAUCGGAGAACAGAUCAUCGGCCAGCCGGCCGAAAGAUGCUUCCGACAUGCGUAUUGGGGCUACAAGGGCGUGACGCUGUUUGGAAGGGACAAAGGUGGCUUGAGCCAAGUUCCUAGUGUGCCCAGCACAAGCGCGCAGCGGAACCUCACUGUUGAUCCCAGCACGCCUCCACCUCCGCCCCCUCCUCCACCUGAGGAGCGUGAGCGCCGCCCAUCCAACGGCAAGGGAACAAAGAGUGAACGCCUUGAGAGGCAAGCCGCAGAGAAGCCAUCCGCUGAGUCAACACGGCUCUGGUUCCUCCUCCAGGAGAAGAAGAGCAAAGCAGUGGCUGAUUGGCUCAGUCACGCAGAUGGACAGAAAGAAGUGAACAUAAAGGAUAGAGCCUUUGGUUGGACCCCUGUGCACUUUGCAGCGCAUCUUGGUUCCAGUCACUUGGUGAAGCUGCUGGUGGACGGAAAAGCACAUCUCGACACCUCGUGCAGCGAAGGCAACACGCCACUUAUGUGUGCUGCUCGACAGAAUAAUACCAGCGCCGCGAAUUACUUGAUUGCCAAAAAGGCACAUCUGAAUUCUGUAAAUAACAAUGGCUGGACAGCACUGAUCUGGUGUGCCAUAAAUGGUUGUGAAGAUGUCGCGACGGCAUUGCUGACAUCCAGUGCAAACUAUCUCAAAUCCGAUAACGAGGGGCGAACUGCUUGCAUGUGGGCAGCCCGCCACGGGCACCUAUCCAUGGUGGAGACUCUUCUGGCCAAUGGUCUGAACCUGCUGCAAGCAGACGAAGCUGGCCUGACGGUGUACGACCACGCGCAGGAGCAGCUGGAAAUGCGAAGCAUGAUUGCAGCCGUUCAGGAGGUGAACGAGGAGCUCCAAGCUGCGGCCAGGAAUAAUGACUAUGAUGGUGUGAAGCGAGCGAUAGAAGAAGGUGCAAAUCUCAACGUAGAGGAUGAGGACGGUUGGACCCCUUUGAUGUGGGCGGCGCUGCAUCAAUCCCUGGAUAUGGUUCAACUGGUCAUCCGGCAUGGAGCCAAUCCAAAUCUCAUUGAUGAGCGAGGGGAGGUUCUUCAAAUGCUCAGCACCGACCACUUAGCAGUGGGCGACUCUGUCGUGGAAAUAGUUGGGAGCAACGAGCGGUUGCUCGAGCACGCAAAGGCCGGGCGCUGGCAAGAGAUCGACGCCGAGCUUGCCAUCGGAGCUUGGGUUAAUGUCCGCGAAGAGGCACGGCGUACUGCACUCCUGUGGGCCGCGCGGCAUGGUGCCUGCGAGGCGGUAACGAAUCUGGUCAACAAGAAUGCCGAUUUGGAUGCCCGUGACGAGAGUGGGUGGCUUCCUGUGCAUUGGGCAGCCCAGUCUGGAAACGUACAGACCCUGUGCAACUUGCACUACCUCGGCAGUGACUUCACCUCACGCACAUAUGUGGGUGAGACUGCACUGCACAUCGCGGCGCAAUAUAACGACGGAGCGAUGAUUCAGGCGCUUCUUGCGUCCAAUGCAGAUAUCGAGGAGUUGGAUGUGGACAUGAGAACAGCACUGCACGUGGCUGCCGCAAAUGGGCAGACAAUCGCUUUGCAGACACUUUUGUUUUACAAGGCAGAUCCUGACAAGGUCGUAGAAGACGACUCUGGCGCAACAGCGUUCCUUCUGGCUGUGACUAACCAUCGCGAAGCGGUUGUCCAAGCGAUGCUGGCAGACAUUCCAGCUCCCCCGAAGCUGCCGCAUUUUCACGUGACCAGCCCUGCUUCGCCGGAAAAGGCCAAGAAGACAAAGAACCUUCAGCCAGAACGCGAUGCAACAAAGGGUGCUGCCUCAGCGAGAGGAGGCCAGGGUGCACGUGGCAAUGUCAAGUCCUCCUCAUCGGCAAAGGCGGUGGCUACCCCAACCCCGAAGAACAAGGUCGGGAGCCGGAAGAAACUGGUCAAGGACUUGCGGGAGAAGCGCGGCGAGCAUCCCUGCGCUUUGUUGGAGACGGCGACUGAGAUUCGCUCUAAACUGGUUAAGAACAACUUUCCUAGCAUUGCGAGGAAGGUCCUCAAGCAAACGGACUGCGAAGAAAGAAGUGCUCUGGCACUUGCAGUUCUCAACCGCAGCUCCAACAUCAUCCAAAUUCUCAUUGGUGCCAAGGCAGACCUCGAAACAGUCGAUGCUCAAAACAACGGUAUUUUGCACUAUGCUGCUAUGAACAGGGAUCGCGAAGUGGUGGCCCUACUCAUGGAGCUGAAUGCCCGCAUCGACCGAGAAAACAAUGAUGGUAUGAAACCUUCAGAUCUGUGUGAAGAUGCAGAUAUCCUGCACAUGAUCGCCCGGAAGUUGGUAAGCAAGAAGCUUGCAAGCCUGCCUCCCGCACCGCCGGCAACCCAUCCGGCAUUGGACGGUGGAAAUCUGCUGCAGGAGUCUGCUCGAAAGCAUCGGAUCCGUUUCGAGGGAUUGCAGGUCUCCCUUUCUCAGGAGAACAUAACUGAGCAGUUGAAGCUCUUUAUCAAACAGCGGGGUGCACCAAAGGCCAGCCGAAUUGAAGUUGCACUUGACCCGAUUACGGCACGUCCUAAAGGUCAUGCAUACGCAGACUUCAGCGACAUGUCGUCGGCCGAUCUAGUCUUGCAGGGAGAUGGUAAGCCCAUUAAUGGGCAACCGAUUCGAGUUUUCUUUGAGAUCCCGCUCCAUCUGAGCCAUCGCACUGAUCGCUGA